CGGCACGCAAUGAAUCUGGUGUUGGAGUAAAGCUAAACAGCAAUCCAUAAAAUAUCCUCUUGAUUCUAUCCCAAACUCCAUGAGUGUAACUUCCGUCUGUGGGUCUGCUGCACAUUCCACAGAAAGACCCCCCGUAGCUUCUUCCAAAUCCAGCGUAGUUGAAUAGAUACAUGUCAAAACCGGCUUGAGUGUAGAAGUCGGUCCAGCAGUUGUCGUCAUUAUCUAUCUCCGAUGUGACAUUUCCACCCGCAAGACUCAUUCCUGCAGCAAUUUCAAUCAAUCCGGCGUUAGGGUUGCAGUACAUCACGGCAUUCGCUUUGCGAGAACCAGAAGUACCAGCGAUUGGUGUUCCCGUCGGCUUUGCUGGGAUGUACAAACAAUCAAUCAUUCCACCACUAGGCCUCUGUACCCACAAUUGUCGCGCACCUCGGUAACGAGAUAGCACACACCCACGCAAAACAUCAAAGCCAAAUAUGGAAGCAUGGGGAGGUGGAUCUAGCAUAGGAAGAAUUGACGAUAACCCCGUCCGAAUCGUGUCCAUAAUGGAUGCAUUAGCCUGCUCUUCCUCGAGUCUCCUACGCACUUCGUCCACAGAAAGAUUCCCAUCGUCUCCUCCACUCAACGCUGUCGUGCUUCCAGCAGUUGUUGGUGGCUUCAGAGAUUCUGCCAGAUCACGAAGUUCUGUUGCGGAAGCAACUAUAUUUCUUGCAAUUCGCCUUGCCGACUCAGAGGGAUUCCCGAUGCCAUUCUCCAAAAAUGAUUUAGCUUCGUCUUCUAAGUGAUUGACUUGCCCCAGUACAUCAUUCAAAUGGUUUAGCAAGACUCGACCGUCGGUCAUGGCUUCGGCAGUGAGUCCCGACAGGUUUCCAAUAUCACCCACCAAAUAGUUAUUUCCAUAUUUGUUGAGGCCAGAAGCAGAGUUUGGGGAAAUAUUGUUGUCGUCUUGAAAUAAUGUAUGUAAAACUUCUAAGUAUACACCAAGAACCCUAUCACGAUAAGACUUGGCUCUUUUCCAUAGCGACGGGAUUUCAUAGUACGUAUCGUUCGAGGCGAUGGUGUUUGCAAGAUCGAUGAGGCUAGUUGCCGAGACGGUGAUAAUUCGAACAGAAUAUUUCGCAAAUUCCUUUUCGAUCUCGCUCGAUAUUCGGUACGAGGAUCCUGGAAAGGCAAUCAUUCUAAUAAUGGCUCGCCCCACUAAAAAGAUACUGCACACCACGGUGAUGUACACGCCCACUUCCGAGACCACAAACGACAGUAGCCAAAACGGCAACCAGAGAGCAAAGAGCAUCAAGUGCCCUCCCAAAAAGAACAAAAUCGACAUUUUCCCACUCGAUACAACAGACUGUAAAACUGUUGGAAGGACGUCCGCCAGAGUACGAAUCUUGAGACACCGUGACGUUGUUGCUCUCACCACUGACCCGCUCUGUCCCGAUGUAGCCAUCAUCAUCGGUGCCAUGUUGCUGAUGCUAAAGUUGUUGUCGGUGGAUCCUCCUGUCGACGACGCGUUUUCCAUUCUACUCGUAUUGUUAUUUCUUGAAUUCAGAGUCUGCAGCAACUGUGCUCCGAACUCGUCAACCUCGGAGAGCUCUGGACCCAAUAACGGCGUGGCCAGGGCCUCGGCCUCUUCUUCGUCCGUCAAAUUCACCUUGGCUGAAUUCAAACGAAGUCACUAACUCAACGGUGUCUAGAAAACUCAACUUCGUCUAUGCUGAACGGAUAGACACCUCAAAACAGGUAAAGGACGAAUAGAAUGUAUCGAGGUUC